CCCAUUUCGAAACAUUGAAAAUGUCGAUUUGAGGCCAUAAUAUGAAGAUAUCUGGCUAUGGCUGUUUUCAGAUCUGAUCCUUGUGGUAUAAUCUGCAUUAUAAUAACAUACUCAGCAGUAUUUUAUGCAGAUUACGUCGUAAUAUGGCAUCUUGUUAUUCCUGCGAUGUCAAACACAUUAUGGGGAACCUUUUGUGUGAUCCUCUUCAAUCUGAUUGUAUUUCUAAUGACAGUGUCACACAUGAGGGCAGUGCUGUCUGACCCAGGGAUAGUUCCAUUGCCAAAAAAUGGACUGGACUUCUCAGAUCUUCAUGCUGGAAGAACAAUACCUAACACAAAGGAUGGCUGGAGUGUAUGUAAUAAAUGUGAGACCUACAGACCACCUAGAGCCCAUCAUUGUAGGAUAUGUAGAAGAUGUAUCAGGAAAAUGGACCAUCAUUGUCCAUGGAUAAAUAACUGUGUUGGAGAGUUGAAUCAAAAAUAUUUUAUACAGUUUUUGUUUUAUGUUGGUAUGGCUAGUUGCUAUGCAACUACAAUGGUGAUCACAUCCUGGGUAAUGGAUCCCAAUGUUACCAGCACAUAUAAGCACACAAAACUCAUACAUUCUGUGAUCCUGAUAGUGGAGUGUGUUUUAUUUGGAAUGUUUGUUAUAGCUAUUGGUUGUGAUCAGAUAUCUUCCAUAUUAGGAGAUGAAACUCAAGUAGAACAAGUGAAAAAAGAAGGAAUAAGAAGAGAGAAAAAGUCAAUGUAUUCUUUGCUUCAAGAGGUCUUUGGUAGAGGUCAUCCAUUAGGUUGGUUAUGUCCGCUGUUCACUGAAGCAUCAAAAGAACGGCCAUCAAAACAGUAUAUUGUAUAAAACAUAUCAGUUGAUAAAAGACAGCAUAUCGAUCAAAUUGAAUCAUCUACUGUAUUUCCAAUGUCCUGCAAUAUAAGCCCACAGAAGAUAGAGCUUCAACAUGGCUCAUGAGUUGUCAAUAAAUGGAUUCUUUAAGUCUAUGGCCAUUACUGGUAGUUACUCUGAAGGACGCAGACUUCAGUUUUAUUUGGAGUCUUAAAACCAUAUACUGCAUAUUUUAUCAAAUUGAGAAAUUAUAUACAGAUUUACCAUGGAGGUUUGAAAAAUAAGAUGAAAUGUUAGCUACUAACAGAAAUAUCAGUAGACUUUUUACAUCUGUCUGGUUCAGUGUUCCCUACUCAAAUUAAUGUUACAGGGGCAUCCAGGUCUUAUACGAGAAUUGUAUGUAUGUAUUUUACGAAUGUUAUGAUUGUCUGUGAUAUCUGGGGAACAUGAUAGACAUGAUAUUUGUAGAUAAAAAUCAUUCCAUAAGUGCAUUAGUAAUUUAAAUCUAUAUGUUGAAUAUUCAGUGGUAUCUCUUUACUUCUUUCUUUAAGCAGUUGUGUGCUAUUGUUAAACUAGAUAUAUUAUUUUCUUUUAUUUUCUUUUAUCAAAUUUGAAUUUUGGUAGAUAGAUUUGGAAGUUAAUUUCAACAGCUAAAAAGAAGAUGGGCUUUUCUGCAACGUAAAAGUCAUUGCAAAUAGAUUUUUUUUAUUGUAACAAUGUGGAACAAUUUUUUUUCCUUAAUUAGAAAUGUUUAUGAUUGGUAUUUAUUUUUUUAUCUGCUUUUCAUUUAGGCCUACUUUUGAGUGUCUAGUAUGCAAAAUCCCAUACCCGUGAUUAUUUUCAAUUAGUACAAAAAAAUAUGUCUUUUGAUAAUAUGCAUAAUUAUCCUGUCUCUUAAGCCUCUUGUUUGUAAUUUGCAUUUUCUCAAUAUGUAUUAAAUCAUGUUUUUAAUUUAGAUCUUGUGGUAUUUUAUGUUAUAUAGAUUUUUUGGUUUAUAUAUUCAGGGACUCAUUUCACGAAAAAAAAUCUGUAAUUAACAUUUCAAUACAACAUUUUUUUCUUAAGCUUUUUUUGUGACAAGAUUUCUUAUGUGAAAUUAGAGCCUCAGAACUACUGAAUCAUAAAAAAAUGUAAUGUAAUAAAAACAGCAACAAAGUUGUAAGUCUGUAAAUACUUUUCUCUAAUUCUAUGGUGAUUUAUCCCUUUCUGAACCCAUUGUAUAAAAAAAUUUAAUCAACGUGUGGUUGCUGGUGAUCUCAAAAGAUCAUUGGAUGAUUUUAAGGGUCAUGACCUUUUUAGCUAAUUGGAUGAAUCAAAAUUUGAUAACAGGUGUUAAUGAAAUUGACAACUUCGUGCAAUGUGAAAGGCACUCGAAGGGGAUUUUCGGUUAACAAAAAAAGGAAAAUGUCUUUUUAAUCAUAAGAGAAACAGAUUCUUACAUUGUUACUCAUGGAUUAUCGGAUUUAUCCAAUCUUGAUAGUUAAAUUAUAAAUUUUAAAGUCCUCGCCGAGGCAGCUCGGACUUUAAAAUUGAUAAUUUAACUAUCUCGAUUGGAUAAAUCCGAUAAUCCACUGGUAUCAAUGUAAGAAUCUACUUUUAUUACAAGAGGUUAGCUCUCUAUAGUCUUAGAUUAAAGAGGAAAAUAUAUUAAAAAUUAUAACUCAUGUUAUUUCUUCCUGUAAGAGAGUUUGAAUAUGUGUGUAUAACUUGCAUAUAAGUGCUUCUUUCUUGGUAAGAAUUUUUAUAUCUUGAGUAAUUUUGAGUUUGUUGUAAAUUAGCAGUAAGCAUUAACCCUUUCAACGCUACACAAAAAAAUAGAAAAAUGGCUGCUGCUGCUGCAUUUUUUUUUUAGUUCAUUCACUAGAACAGUAUUUUCCUUUUCAGACUGCUGUAUCUUUUUUAUUAUAUGAGAUACAGAGAAAGUUAUUGCAUGAAAAAUGCUCAGGAGAGCAUGAACUGUAAUGUUAGGCAAUUAUUUUUCUGAAAUUUUUAUCAGGUUACCUGCGUUUUCAGGUAAUUAACAGGUAAAAGGUGUAAUUUAUUACACUUGUGUUGAAUUUUGAAUAAAAACUACUUUUAGUCUUCAUUUAUUUUGUUGUUUUAUCUGCCAUGUUGUAAAGAAGACACCAGUUGUCCGAUUCCGUAGCGUAUUGUACCAUACAUAACGUUUUAUGUAAUCGUGGCACAAAUAAAUAGCUCCGUCCUAAAAAAUUUCAGUCAACUUACGUUUUCCCCCCUUUUUCUACGUCUCGUAAUGAUAGAUGAAAUCAUAUAUCCCACACGAAUUUAAUGUAAUAAAUACAUUGAGAUAACAAGAAACCUUUUAACUAAUCCUCGUUGUUAGUUUCGCCAAGGAAAUGCUAAAAUUUUUCCAUAUUUACAGCUUCGUUUCCGAUUUCCACCAUUUACAUUUGUCAAAAUAUUUGUUUUUAUUUUCCUUCUAUUUUCCUUCUACUGCAUGAUUUUACUAUAAAAAUUGUCGGGAUUUCAAGCGCAAAUGAGACCUUGCAUAUCCUAGAUUCAAACGAGGAAAAAUUAGAGAGAACCAGAAUGAAAACCGAAUGGUUUUAGAGUCCUAAUGAAAAAUCCUUUUUCAUCGCGGAAUAUGCCGCGAAUAGCAGUGGCGAACGGCGUACAUCAUCACGGCAUAUGCCGUGUAUAGCGUUGAAAGGGUUAAGAUACAGUCAUGACAGUUCAACCUUAAAGUGUUUCAUACAUCAAUUACUGUGUCACAUGGAUUUAAAAAAAUGAACAAACAUGACAGAAGCUUUUUUGUAAAAAUACAAAUUUAGAAUUUUGUUUUGACAUUUUUCAAUAUUUAACUGCUAAGUGUCUUGGAACUUUAGUAAAAAAAAUUAUCCAAGUUUUGAAUAUUUUUUUUUCAUUUUUUUUGCAUUUUACAAAUUAAAGGAUUAAGUUUGUUUAGCAGUUAGAGAAGCUUACAGUCAAUGAUUAACUAUUUAGACAUUGUCAACUUCCAUGGAAUAUUUUGAAACUUGAAAAUAAGCUUCUAAAAGUUCAAGGAAUAGUAAUAUUAUCUGAUGGGAAAAAGCUUUUGUGGGUAUUUUUUACGGUAUACAAAAGUAUCCCUGAUAAAUGGACUUAAUUUUUGUUAUCAAUAUUACACUUGUUCACUGACAUCAGCGAUUGUGAGUGAGAAGCAUUGUUUAAUAGAAUCCUUAACAAUUUUUUAAGGAUUUUCAUAAUGCUUUUUUUUUCAGUCUAUUGAAUAGUUUUAAUUAUAUCAUUUUUCAUGACUUUAUUUAUUCUAUUGAUUUUUUUAAUUAUAUAUAUCAUUGGUUUAUUUUCUUAUUUUGUGUUUUUAUACUUUAUAUAGCACAAUAGUGGAAGUAUCAUUGAUUUAUGAGGAUUCAGUUUGUAGUUUCAUAAUACUUUGUGAAUAACUAAUAGGUGGAAAAUUUACAUUUCAUAAGAGGUUGAAAACACAUGGUUUGAUUUUGAAAUCCAUUAUAAUUGAAACUAGAUGUACAUAGGUUCAAAAUAUUUAUCAAUACUAAUAUCUGUAAAUAAGCAUCGUGUGCACCUUGUAAAAUUGUUUUAAAAUAGAAUUUAUAUUUUAUGUAAAUGCAAUAAUUGGUGCCAAUAAUAAUGUGUAUAUAUGGACUUAUGUAUUUAUUGUGAAAGUAUUUUUCCACUAUGAUUUUUUACAAUAAUUUUUGUGAUCAAUAUUUUUAUAUUUUGCUUCUUCAGUACAGUAGAAUUAAUGCUAAUGCAAAGAAUUUUAGUUUGUAGCUUAAUUAAUCUAUUCAAAGUACUACAUUUAAAUUUGUACAUUGACUUUGUAAAGUUGUACAUGAUGUAUGGUAUUGCAUCAGAACUGUGGUUUAUAUAUAGGUCAGAAGAUUUAAUCAACUAAAGCAUUUAGUUUUCAAAUAUAAACAAUGGAUGAACCACAAAUUUGAGUACCGUUAUCCAUUGCCAAAUGAAUUUACUAUCUAGGCUCAUAUUGAGAAAUUGUCAAAAACAAAAAUUUGGGCUUUGCUUAUUGAUGAAGGCCCUUUGGUGAUUUGUUCAUUUCUGUGACAAUUGGUAUCUUGCGAAGUGUUGUCUCAUUGGCAAUAAUAUCACAUCUUCUAAUUUUUAUAUUUGAUAAUCAAUAUAAACGCAAGGUUUUCUCAGUCCACAAAUUUUGAUAAUUAUGAAAAAAAAACUUCAAAUACUUGUUAGAAAUUCAGAUUUUAUUGUUAUUAAACACAUAGUGUAGUUAUUUGUUUGAUUUGUUUUGUACAUGAUCAGUAUUUUUAUUGGUUUCAUGAUCAUCUUGAAAAUGUUUUCAUUUUAUAUGUUUAAUAAAUUUUUUAGCUUCA